AAAGAAUGGCUAACAAUCAGCCACGCAUGUACUCUGCAGAACUCAAUAGUUAUUGCCUGAGGAAAAACUUACAGGUGACCUAUGUAAUAAUUUCAAAGACUGGACCCCCUCAUAACUUGGAGUUUACCUUCAAAGCUGUAAUAGGAGACAGAGAAUUUCCAGAAGGUAAAGGUAGAUCAAAGAAAGAAGCAAAAAAUGAUGCUGCCAGACAUGCUCUUGACAUUCUAGAAGAAGAGUUUGUGAACUCUUCAACAUCAUCAUCUAUGCCACUGCAACGAUCAGAAGUCUCAGAAGUAAAAAUGUCACCUAUUACAAAUUAUAUAGCCUUUUUAAAUGAGUACACGCAAAAGAACAAACUCACUUUAGCUUUUGAUACAAAGACUGAGUUUAGACCUUCUGGUAAUCCAAGUUUUUCUUGUAAAUGCAAGGUUGGGGAGAAAGUCUAUGACGUUGGUUGGGGAUCUAAUAAACAGGAGGCAAAACAGUCUGCAGCCAAGAAUGCAUAUGAGCAAUUAAUAUUAUCCAACAAUUCACAGAAUAUGAGUUCUCAACCAUCUGAACACUCAGGAGUCUCAGAACGCAAAACAUCACUCAGUAUGAAUUAUAUUGAUCUUCUGAAUCGGCAUGUACAAAAGAUGAAACUCACUCUGGAUUUCGAUACACAAGCAGCAUUUGAAUCUUCUGGACUUCGAAGUUUUUAUUGUACCUGCAAAGUUGGUAAGACAACUUAUGGUCCUGGUGUAGGACCUAAUAAACAAGAAGCCAAACAAGCAGCGGCUAAGAUUGCAUGUGAGAAGCUGCAGUUAGGCAAUACUUCACAGGAAAGUUAUUCAAUAUUUUUUUCUGCUUGUGCUUCUCCAUUGACUGAUUCUAGCAAUACACCUCUGAGUCUAUCAACAUUAAAUGGUGUGGUUGAAAGUGGAUUCUCAGAAGAUUCUUCAGAAAGAAGUAGUAAUGAUUACUUGCAAAGUAUUUCUCCAUCUUCUCUGACCUCUCCUAGAAAUUUCCAACUGAAGCCUAAAAGAUUAUUGGCAGCUAAGUUUGCAAGACAGCCUGACAACAAUGAGAAAAAAGAAAAUACAUUUAGUAGCAAUGAAAGGUUUGUCAAUGAUUUUUCAUGACAUAAAAAUGCUUAACUGUGGUGAUUUGGCCAAGUUUUUAAAGGAAGGCACAGAAUUGACAAGAAGUCUUAUGCCAUUAAACGUGUUAAGUUUGAUAAUGAGAAAGUAGUGCGUGAAGUAGAAGCUUUGGCCAAACUUGAACAUGAAAAUAUUGUUAAGUAUAGUCAUUGUUGGGAUGGAGAUGAUUAUUAUGAUCCUGAAAAUAGUGGAUGUUUUUCAAGGUCAGCGAUUAAGUGCCUCUUUAUUGUAAUGGAACUCUGUGAAAAGGGGACAUUAAGAACUUGGAUUGAUGAUAGAAGAGAUUGUGAGCCAGAUAAAGCUUUGUCUUUGAAUUUAUUUCAACAAAUUACAGCAGGAGUGGAAUAUAUACAUUCAGAAAAAUUAAUUCACAGAGACCUUAAGCCAUCUAAUAUAUUUUUAGUAGAUGAAACCAAAAUAAAGAUUGGUGACUUUGGACUUGUAACCUCAUUGAAAAAUAAAGAAGAUCGGACAAAAUGUGUAGGAACAUUUCGGUAUAUGAGCCCAGAACAGAGCUAUUCCCAAACAUAUGGGAAUGAAGUAGAUAUCUUCGCACUGGGAUUAAUUUUUUUUGAACUUCUUUACAUAUGUCACACUGUUCAGGAAAUAGCAAAGAUCUGGGAAGAUAUGAAGAAUUGUAACUUUCCAGAAGAAUUUGUCAAUAAGUACCCUAAAGAGCAACUGAUCUUAACAAAGCUACUUUCAAAAAAACCUGAAGAAAGACCCAAAGCAUCCGAAAUUCUGAUGAUACUGAAGGCAUGGAAGAAAGAAGAGUCUGUGAUUAGAAGGAUCAUGUAUUCACAUUCAUGUUAGGUUCUCCUGGUUCUGCUCACUUCACUCGGCAUCAGUUCAUAGCACCCACAUGUGGACAUACGCUAUCCCAAAUGGAAAAAAGGACCACAUGUGGUGAAGGAAGAAAGAGAAAGAAGAAAAAGAGGAGGAAGAAGACCAAGAAUAAGAACAACAAGAAGAAACAGCAGUAUUGCCCAACUUCUGCUUGAAUUGGCAGGUUCUAGGUGUUAUGGGGAAAUUGAUGGGGGUUUGGGGUUUGGAGUAGGGGUCCUUAGGAAUUCCUCUUUAAAGAAUUACACCCUCGUGCACACAAAUCCAACGAGAAU